AUGAGUAGUACAAUAUUCUAUAAAUUCAAAUCACAAAGAAACACCUCAAGAAUCCUCUUCGAUGGUACAGGUCUAACAGUCUUCGACCUAAAAAGAGAAAUAAUUCAAGAAAACAAACUGGGUGACGGUACAGAUUUCCAACUAAGAAUAUAUAAUCCAGACACGAAUGAUGAAUAUGAAGAUGAUCAAGAAGUAAUUCCAAGAUCCACAAGUGUUACAGUACGUAGAUCACCUUCUUUAAAAAGCUCAUCUGUUCAUAAUCGGAAUAAACCACAGAGCCAUAAUUCAAUGGUCAUUGGGAACGCAACAAGAUAUGUAACAGGUAAACCUAGAGUCUUCGCCAACACAUCAAAGAAACCUGAACGAUCUUCUGCAGCAACACCAGCAGCAGUCAGCGGUGUCACUGAAGAAGAACGAAUUGCUAAUAUGUUUGCUAAUCAGGAAAAUCAAUGGGAACAAACACAACAAGCAAUGUCUGAUGCAACUCCAAUAUUCCAUCGUUCUAAUAAUGCAGCAGCAACUUCAAAUGCUGAUAAUGAAGGACCUCCACCUCCAGGGUAUAUGUGUUAUAGAUGUGGUGCUAGAGAUCAUUGGAUUAAGAAUUGUCCCACUAAUACCGAUCCUAAUUUUGAAGGUAAGAGAAUAAAAAGAACCACAGGUAUUCCUAAGAAAUUUUUGAAGACGGUGGAUAUUGAUCCUGAAAAGAUGAGUGCAGAGGAAAUGGCUCAAAGGAAAAUUAUGAUCACUGAUGAGGGGACUUUCGUAGUUCAAAUAGCAGAUGAACAUUCAUGGGAAAAUUAUCAGAGGAAACAACAGAAUAGAUUGAUUGAUGGAGAGGAUUCUAUAUGGGAAAAGGAUCAUUUUAAAGAUUUACCAGAUACAUUGAAAUGUCCUAUAACAGGAGGAUUAUUGAGCUCACCCGUAAAGACUAGCAAUUGUUGUAAUGUCGAUUUCUCCAAAAAGGCAAUUGAGGACACUCUAGUGGAAAGUGAUUUUGUAUGUCCAAAUUGUGGGAAAGAAGACAUCUUAUUGGAUUCAUUGAUAGAUGAUGAAGAUAAAAAGAAAGAGGUGGAAGAAUUUUUAAAAGAACAUGCAGAUGAAAAAAAGAAGGGUCAAGAUAUAUCGCCUAGUUCCGGUACGGUCGAUGGCGCAGAUAAUGUAGAAGAUGUGCAUGUUGAUAAGAAAAUAAAAUUGACUCCAAAUGGGGCCCCAAUACUGCCUCCUCAUAUGCCAGUGCCACCAUUUGGAAUGCCAUUCCCAAUGUUCCCAAUGCCGUUCAUGCCACCUCCACCUCCACAUAUGAUGCAAAAUAAUAAACAAAGUAAUCCGCAAUCACAAAACUCUAGUUCUACUCAACAAUCAAUGCCGUCACAGGUGCAGAGCAAAUAA